CACAGGCUGGAGAAUGGCUACCACAAGCUGGGUGAGCUUCCCAUUGAAAAGACAAAGUUCUCCCGGAUGCCACAGCAGAAACAAAUCCAGGCCCAAGGACCCUGCUCCAGGAUUUGCAACAACAAUUCCCUAAGAUACAGGCUGAGAGAAGUCCUCCUGGCAUGGCACCACACCACCCACCAGUUCUGGUCCAAACUACAGUCCAUUCUAGGGAUGGAGACAUUUUUCCAGAUCCUUCUGCAGUGCCUCAUCAUUCAUUUUGAUCCAGGGACCAACAUUAAGAAGUUUCAGAAAAAUGGAUUGACACCUGCCUGGAAAAGACUUCAUGCUGUCAUCCUGACAACACCAAAUGCAAUCAAGGUGGAGGGAUAUCUGCCUGGAUUCACCACUCCCUUGCCAAGCCUGCUCCAGACCAGGACCAGAAAUGGACUGUCUCAUCUGGACCAGAUCUAUUCAGGCUAAGACUCUCUCACAGUAGAACACAUGAUUAGUUAUAUACAGCUCCCCCCUUUUCUGCCUCUUGUAAUGAUACUCUCACAGUUACUCUUAACUCAGAAACUU